AUGACGCACUCAUCUGAUUCAAUUCAAACCGUCGAAUGGAGAUGUCUCAAAUGCCGGGCCAUUCCCUGGGAUUGCCAGCAGUGGGAGUUAAAUCCCGCGACAGCGCUCCUAGAGCGGGAUUUACAGCUACAUCUUGACCACCACGACUCCUCCAUGGCCCUGGAGGCCUCGGCUGCUGCUGGAUGCGGUCUCUGUAUCAACUUGAGAGCCCGCGUCCUCCACUGGCUAUCAGACCGAGAUGAACUACCCAGUGGCCAGUGCAGGCUAUGGUUCCACAGGGGAGUCGACAUUCACUUCCAGAUCGGUGAUGACUAUCGUCAUGAGGUCUUUGAAGCCUUGGUGAGAUCUAAAUCGGCCACUUGGCUUCCUGAGUGGGACGAUACGCCCGGCCCUGCGCCCUCACCAAAAUCGUUUUUACCAGAAACAGCAGACGAUGACCUGAAACUCCUUGUGCGAGACUCGAUAAAGCCAUGGUUCAACGACUGUUUCAACGGCAAUCGACUUCACCGCAAGUGCAGGUACAAGUUCAAGAUGGACAAAAUCGGCGCCAUGCCCAAACGUCUGAUUGACGUAGGAGAUGGCCAAGACCCCAAAGCGAAGCUCGUCAUAUCAGAAGCUGAAUUUGGUCAAGCUCUUCCCCAGGAUGAGCAGGUCAGGUACUUGAUUCUCAGCUAUUGCUGGGGCAGUGGCAAUGAUCCGGCAAAGACAACUCGAGCCAAUCUGGCUAGUCGCCUCAAGCACAUCGAUGAAGCAGAGUUGCCAAAGACUAUCCAAGAUACGAUCAAGGUCACCCGGCUUCUUGGAUUUCGAUAUCUUUGGGUUGAUGCACUCUGUAUCAUUCAGUCUCAUGACGGUGACAACUACCAAGACGACUUCAAAGCCGAAGCGCCCAAGAUGGGAGCCUAUUACACCAACGCCGUGUGCCUCAUCUCGGCGCUCGGUGCCCCGGAUAGCAGCACGGGACUAUUUGUUCCACGACCAGCACACCGGUAUCCAACCUCCAGCUGCGUCAUCGGCUUUGACACACGCACCAACGAGUAUAUCCAUCUCCCGCCGCCACAGCGAACCUUGGCAGACGAAUUCGACACAUCGCCACUUCUCAAAAGAGGAUGGUGUUUUCAGGAGCGUCUUUUGGCACGCCGAAUCAUUUACUGGUCCAGAAACGGCGUGUUCUGGAACUGUGUGGGCGACAAUGCCACCAGAUCCGAGUUUUCCACUCGAUGUGACGAAUUCGCAACUGAUCCUCGAAUCUCCAACUCGUGCGUGUUUCACGGUGUUCAAGCCCCUGGAACUGAUUGGGGACUCCCGUGGGAGCCGUGGAUGGAUUACAUCCAUGAGUAUAGUUCCAAAGCCUUCUCAUUCGCCAAGGAUCGUCUCGUCGCAGUUCACGGACUUGGAAGUCGGCUUGCGGCCAUACAUGGAGGCGAGUACUUUGGCGGCGUAUUCAGCAGCCACAUCUCCUGGGGGAUCAUGUGGGAAGCUGAUCCGGAGAACGACGCCAGGAAGAAACUGGACUACUUCCCAAGCUGGUCGUGGGCAUCUUGCCAAUCUGAUCUGGGCGUCAUCAUCACCGAUACGACCAAACCCUGGGUUGAGUGUGCUACUUUCGGAGGGUUCCCAGCUGUGCAGGAUCCUCUCGACUUUCAACAGCCUGAGAAGAGGAUGCUCCGUCUCAAUGCCCCGCUUCUAAAGUUCAAGCCUGGUCAGUAUCAGCAAGGGGCGCACACCUCGUACGAUUUCGAAGUUGCAGGGGUACAAUUCAACGCCUACUACACUUACGAUACAUUGGACUUGGCACCAACUACUCAAGAAGAUCUCUAUAUCCUCGUCAUUCUCCUCGGGAGGGUUCAGAAGGGCAUUCUGCUUCGCGCUAAAGGAAAUAUGUAUGAACGUGUUGGUUAUACUUCACUUUUCUACAUGGGUGGACCAAAGGGUUUCAAGGAACUGAGCUUCUGGGAUGGCUUUCGGGUUGAUAUAGAGAUUGUGUGA